ACCACUGCAUUAUGGGAUGGAGCCCCACCUCCAACGAGACAACCCCCGCUGUCGCCGCCGGGACUCCGCAGACGCCGCCGUCCUGCAGCGUGGACGAGUCGUACAAGUACGUGUUCUUGCCCGUGUGCUACUCGCUGACCUUUGUGUUCAGCCUGGCGCUCAAUUCGGUGGUGCUGCUGCGCUCAUGCCGCGGCCGGCGGCGGGCGGCCCGGAACGCGUCCGUCAUCUACAUGGUCAACCUGGCCGCCACGGACCUCAUGUACGGCCUCUCGCUGCCCUUCCUGGUGGCCAGCUACGUGCUCAGAGACCGCUGGAUGUUCGGGGACUUCAUGUGCCGACUGGUCCGCUUCCUCUUCUACUUCAACAUCUACGCGUCCAUCUUCUUCCUCACGUGCAUCUCCCUGCACAGGUACGUGGGCAUCUGCCACCCGCUGAAGAGCAUGACGCUGGAGAGCAAGCGUGCGGUUAAGGUGGUGUGUAUGCUGGUGUGGCUGCUGGUCUUCGCCCUCACAUGCCCCAUCUUCAGGUUCGCCAAGACAGGCGUGGUGCAGCGAGGAGGCAAGAGAAGCGACGAUGCGGGUGGGGCCGGGGCCGGGGCCAGUGUGGGCGGCAGCGGCUACGUCAACUGCUGGGACGACGCCACGGACGAGGAGUUGGAUGACUACGUCCCGUACGGCCUGGCACUGCACCUGCUGGGGUUCUUCGUGCCGUUCGUCAUUAUCGCCUGGUGCUACUCGCAGGUGGUGCGUAUACGUGGUGCGCACCAUCUUCCGGACGCUGCGCUCGCCUCUGGCCUGCGAGGAUGUCGUCGCAGACCGCAAGCGAACCUCGCUGUCCAUCUCGGGCUCUCAGUACUCUCGCUACGUGCGGCGUCGGCGCAAGUCCAUCCGAACCAUCGUGACUAUCACGCUGCUCUUCGCGCUCUGCUUCCUGCCCUUUCAUGUGACGCGCACGCUCUUCCUGCUCUUGCGCCGCGGGCGCUCGGCCGGCUGCGGCGCCGUCAGGACCGUGUCCGUGUGCUACAAGGUGACGCGGCCGCUGGCGUCAUGCAACGCUUGGCUCAACGCGCUUCUCUAUUUCCUCACGGGGGACGAGGGCGGCGCCCCCUGUUGCCGACGCCCGCGCGGCGCCGCCAGAAGAGACGUCCGCGGGGACGCCCUCCAGUGGCCGCUCGGGAUCCUGAAGCGGCGCGGCGCCGGCAAGGAAGGUGCGGCGCAGGGCGCUCGCCCAGAUGCCCUGUUUCCACUGGUCGAUUUGUGAGAGGACGACUGCAACGUGAUAUCACUUCCUGUGCCUUUUAUACACUCCGGCCACCCCAAAAACAAACGCAUUUUUUUGUAAUGUGUUUUUAA